CCAUUCCACUUCACCUCCUCCUCCUCCUCCUCCUCCUCCUCCUCCUCUUCUCCCCCUCUUCCUGCCUUUCUUUGCUGCCUGUUCGGCUUCAAUUCUUUUUCUAUUAAUUCCCUUCCAUUCAACUGGGUCGUGGAUAUAUAAUUGCCUUCUCUUCUUCUCUUCUUCCUUUCUUCUUUCUUCGCACAACCCACUUUUCUUCAACCCGGCUUUACCCCCUUUUUAAUCCCCACCACCACCACUUUCAAUCCUCAAAAUGGCUCCCACCGCUUUGGAACAGGAGAACCAUGUGCGCGACGCUGAGUUCAACCGUGUCCUGCACGGAAAGUCCGCUCAGGCCCAGGGUGGUAUUGCUGCCAUGCGUGGCAAGGACGCCGCUGCCCAGAAGGCCGCCAUCGACGAGUACUUCAAGCACUGGGACAACAAGAGUGCCGAGGACGAGACCGAGGAGAUUCGCGCGGCCCGCCGAGCGGAGUAUGCGACCUUGACCCGACACUACUACAACCUGGCCACCGACUUCUACGAAUAUGGCUGGGGAACUUCCUUCCACUUCUGCCGCUUCGCUCCUGGCGAGCCCUUCCGCCAGGCCAUUGCGCGUCACGAACACUACCUGGCCCACACGAUGGGCAUCAAGGCCAACAUGAAGGUUCUCGAUGUUGGCUGCGGUGUCGGCGGACCUGCUCGCGAGAUUGUCAAGUUCUCCGACGCUAACGUCACCGGAUUGAACAACAACGACUACCAGAUCGAGCGCGCGACCCGCUACGCCGAGCGCGAGGGAUUGAGCCACAAGCUGAACUUCGUCAAGGGUGACUUCAUGCAGAUGAAGUUCGAGGACAACACCUUCGACGCCGUCUACGCCAUCGAGGCCACCUGCCACGCCCCGGAGCUGGUGGGUGUCUACAAGGAGAUCUUCCGCGUGCUCAAGCCCGGCGGUGUCUUCGGUGUGUACGAAUGGUUGAUGACUGAUGAAUACGACAACGACAACGCCGAGCACCGCAAGAUCCGUCUGGGUAUCGAGCAGGGUGACGGUAUCUCCAACAUGGUCAAGGUGUCCGAGGGUCUCCAGGCCGUCAAGGACGCUGGCUUCGAGCUCCUCCACAACGAGGACUUGGCCGACCGGCCCGACGCGAUCCCCUGGUACUAUCCUCUGGCCGGCUCUUUCAAGCACAUGGGUACCAUCUGGGACUUCUUCACCAUUGCGCGCAUGACCUGGUGGGGCCGUGGGAUCGCGCACCGCUUCGUCGGCGCCUUGGAGAAGAUCGGAUUCGCCCCCGCGGGCUCGCAGAAGACCGCCGACAGUCUGGCUCUGGCAGGUGACUGUCUGGUGGCCGGUGGUGAGAAGAAGCUGUUCACGCCGAUGUACCUGAUGGUUGCUCGCAAGCCCGAGUAAACGGAUUGUUAAUACGAUAUCACGCCUGUACAAAAUUGCGUUUCUUUGCGACCGCAUCCCACACGAGCAUUCAUAGACGGCGGCGGCGGUCUAUGUUCUUUAAUAUCCAGGUUUUCGUUGUUGUUUCCUUCUCCACAUGUUAUAUUGUUGCAUACCGCCGUGGGAUGCGUGUCUUUAUGUGCUGUGCUGUCCGUUUGGGGGCAGUGGACGGAUCAUUGCUGAGUAUGUGCUCAUGGAUGAUGAUUUAGUUAUAGUUAAUAUCAAGAGAUGAC